AUGAUUGUACAGAGGUGUAUCCGAAGGCGAGCGUGCAGUAUCUUGGGACAGCGAUGGAACUCAGAUCAUUCUUUGCUCAAACAACUCAUUCCCGACCUUGCAAAUGAGACUGAUGUUGAUGUUGUAAAGAAACAGGCACUGAACAAAACAAACACUGCUAAUACAGCAACUACUGCAGCUGACACCAACACUUUGUCUGCACCACCGCAUGAACAAAUGCCUCCAAAAAAACCACAAUCGAAAAGGGUGAUUCUUUCUCGUUCUGAACUUAGAGGCUACAAAAAGAAUCGUCAUCACAGCUCAAAUCAAACAGCUUCACGCCGAGGGCCAAAUAGUUCAGCUUCUGAGUUUAAAAAGGAAAUGCCACGAGUUGACCCAUACUCGUUGGCAAGACUUUUUUCAUCAUUUGAACAACUGAAUUCAAAAACAAGCAGGGAUUCAAGUGCAGAAGGAGAUACUGAAACUGUACUGGAAAUUGCUGGAAAGUCAAAUACAACUACCGAUUCAAAUGCUAAUCCCAACACAUCUGCUGCUUCUGCUUCUUCUUCCUCUUCUUCCUCCUCUUCUCUAAAUGAUGCCGAGAGCUUGAUGAGCUAUAUCGAUAGCUUCAAACCAUUUGAAACAAAGAUUAGUCAAACAAGGUACGAUAGUAUUGCAAAAGAAUUAAACAGCGCAUUGACCAAAAGUCAACUUCAAGAGUAUGUCACCCACAUUAGAGCAAAGUCACAUGGUGCUAUUAGAAUCAAUAGAUCAGCAACAAAAGGUAUAAUCAUCAAGAACAUAAUGAGCCAAGUAUGGAAAAUAGAAGUAUCCAAAACCGCUGGCCUGGUGGAUUUCUUAUUAAGCACAAAACUGUUUGAUUUGAGCCCCACCUUGGAAUAUUUCUUGAGAAAACCCAAAUCGAGCUUUAUGAAACAUCUUGCAGCAUCAAAAAUACACGCCAAAAUUGUACACCAUAGGUUGAUUAUAUCAGGUAUGACUACAAAGCUUGGCUUGGUUGAAGGUGAAUUUGCACAAUACUCUGCAAACUUGAAAUCUGAAAAAGUGCAAUUAUCCGAAAACGUUGAUAAUUUAGUGCUUGAUAAAGUGUUUACACAGUAUGCAAAACAAAUUAUGGAAGUUGCACUGGUUCAUUUAAGCAAAAAUUGUGCAAAGGAAUUCACCAUUAGUGCUGAGUCAGACGAAGGUAUUGUUCUCGCAAAGAGAUUGAUUGCUUGGUGCAUUGGCGAUUCUAAUCCACAUAUCAAAAAUGAAGUAUUUGACAACAAGGGAAGCGGCAACGACAACAACAACAACAACAACAGCAACAGCAACAGCAACAGCAACAUCCACGAUAAGCAAGGGCUGUUAUCAAAUGCAAGUUAUGUUCCAUUUAUCAAUAAAGAAUCUUGGCCAUGGCAUUCCAAAAACAAUCAAUACUUCAAAAUCAGUAAAGAAGAUAUUAGACCCGGGCGCUACAAUGAUUUACUAUUUGAGAAAUUUGAUAUGAUGAAUGAUUUAUUCAUAAAGGAUGAAGAUAUUGGUGAAUUGGAAAACUAUUCCUUGGCAUUGAACAUCAAUGGCGAUACAUCAAUUAAUGAGGACCCAUUUUUAAAUAACGAUACAUCAGAUCAAUUACUCAAAUCUUUAGAUGGGCAAAAUGAUACUAUUGAAAGUAAGAAUAAGUCUAAUGACGAUGAAAGUAAAAGCAAGAUAUCUUAUUGGGAUGGUAUCAUCAAAAAUCACAGUACAUCUCCGCUGUUGAAGGAGGAAAAAGAUAAACACACCAAUCUUGAGGAUUUGCGCCAUCAGUUGGGUAAAUUUGCCGAUAAUGAGUUUGAUGAAAAUGAGUUCCCCGAUGUAUCAAAAUUGAUUGAAGAUGUUGAAGGAAAGAGUAAUGAUGAUGUUUUGGAAAAUUUGAGAAAAGAGUUGGGUGCAUUUAGUGAAGAACCUCUACCAGAAAGUGAAGGACUUCUGAUGUUUGAUGAACUACUUGAAGGAGUAGAUACAAAAGAACCAAAGAAUGUUGAAGAAGAACAAAUAAUGGGUAUAGAACAUGAAGACAACGUACCUGAAACAUCAGCACUGCAAGAAUUUGGUAAAGAAAUAAUUGACGAAAUCUACAAUCAAUUAAAUGACUUGAGUUUUGCCAAUAGUCUUUAUGGUGUAAGCGAAGAAUCUGAGUUAGGUAAGGCAUUUACUUUGCAGUUUGGAUCAAUUGUUUUUGAAGAAUCAAAACCGGUUUCUAAGCUUCUUAAAUCAACCAAUCAACAGCCAACACCUGUAACUUCCGAUACGAAAUUCAAAUUUACCACAAAUGUUCCGUUUGUAAAAGAUCUUGCAACAUCGUACCCUAGUCUCACUACUGGAACACAUCUGUACACAAACAAGUUCCAAAUCCGUCUUACUCCAUCAAUAUUUCAAAACAUGGGCACCACUAAUAACAACGAUGCAUCAAGUGUGAUUGAUUUUGCAAAAUUCCCACCAGUUGAAUUCCAGGCCGAGUUAGAUGGAUAUGGACAAAUCAAAUUGGACACUAUUGAGUUGUUAACAAUUGAGGCAAUGAAAAACAUUGCUGUGCCUUUAUUCAAUAUGCCGCACGAUAUUCAAGUGACAAAAACUAGGAUUGGGGACCUUUUAAAGCCACAGCUUAAGAAGACAAAGAAAAGCAAGACUUUUAGUCAAACUAAUAUUGACAAUCAACCGGAAUUUGCUCACUUUUUGCAGAAAUCAAACUUGGUGUUUGACGGCAAGUCGGAUGUCUAUGUGGCACCUUAUGUUGAUCUACUUGUAAAUAAUACCAAAGUGAGAUACGAUUUUGCCCAUCUCACAGUAAAGACGGAAAUGAACUUUGAGUUUGGAGAAAGACAAUUGCAAUUGAAUAUCAAUGAAGGUGGUCAAUAUGGAGGUAGAAGUUUUGAAGUCAUGAUGGGUGAAGGUGACUUGUCUAGAGAUGAGUUUGAAGAAUUCCUCAACGAUGCAUUGCAGUUUAUAAACAAUAUCAAUUGA